GCUUAUGAGACAACCUUGUCGUACACCACAACAUGCCGGUGAAACGGGUUGUGCUAUAGUAAAGAAAAGGCAGGCAUAUACCAGAGCAUUCAGUUGAACAGAAGAAGCUGGCCUUGUCGGAAUACAAUUACGGAUAAAUAUUACACACGAGAGUUGUGCAUAGGCGUAUUCACAUUGUUUCUUACCUGAGCGAGGGAUUCAAAACAGGUUUUGACAGUGCGGCUACCUGCAGUGGCUUGGUGACAUCGCGAUGGACAGCGGUCAACAGUCGAAUGGGACAGGCUCGAUCUUCGGAAGCAUGGGGUCGUUGGGAAGCUUAGGAUCGCUACCUGCUGUGAAGACAAAAUCGAAAUUUAAAAGAGCAAGGAAAAGACUAUCCACCUACCUCCACACACAUGUGUGUUUGAUACUGGUGUGUUCCCUGGCAGCCCUCGAUGCAGCAUGUGUCAUUGGCCAAAUCAUCUGUGAUAUUCUAAUUAUGAAAGAGGACUUGCACCACUGGCAAGUUCUGGACGCGGAUCUCACCGUUGUGUUAGUGAAACAGGUUCCCCUCUUAAACGGAACCAAUCCUGAACAUUUAAAUUUGGAAAAGAUUUAUGAAAAACUCAGUAACUAUGGUAACGAGGGUGGCCAUGAUGUCCAUACGGCUCCAUUAACGCAUUUCAUGGACACUUCGGCCCCAAGCGGUCCGCUGACUAAUGGGGCGAGAGGAUUACCUAUUGUCUCAACAACCACAGUACCGGGACAUACGACCACUACCGCUUCCGGUACAGCCCCGCAGCAAAAUGCUUCCGGUGAGCCGCUUAAGGUGAACCUCGCUAAUCCGUUUAUGAAAUCAGGAGUAAUACACAAACGCGCUAAAAGAGCCGCAGAAGGUUCUGAGGAAGAUGACGGACAUGGCCAUUCGUUGCUGCAUGAACUCACACACGCCUUUCAUCUGGGAAGUAUGGCUAUUCUCUCGAUGCUGCUGUUGGAGACUUUAUUGAAGUCCUUUGCUAUGGGAAGGAAAAUAUUGCAUCACAAACUAGAGUGCUUCGACGUGUUUGUCGUCACGGUGUCCUGGUGUCUUGACGUCGCCUUCUACGAGGGUAUCUGGGCACAUCCGGGCACUGAAGCUGCUACAAUCCUCAUCUUCAUCCUUCCCUGGAGAGUUGUCAGGAUAGUAAACAGCUUUGUGUUGGUCAUCCAGGAGAAAGACCACGUGCAACUCAAGAUCGUCAAACAGAGGUUGAGACUGUCCGUCAAGAAAUCAAAGGAUCUUAACGACAAGUCUUCAUCAUACAAGAUUGAACUGAAGCAGCUCCAAGGUCUCUGUCGGAAGCAUGGUGCAACCGAAAGCGAAAUCAAUCUCUGCGGACCAGGAGGCAAACGCCGAAGAAGCAGUCUAUAUCCGGGUCUUGAAAGCUUUGCUGCCAUCGCCCUCUCCAGUGCGCUUGGAAACCACCCAAGUCUCGCUUUGGAAGACUCGGAUGACGACAACUCACUCGACAGUUCCCGGCAAAGUGGCCGUACGCCCGUCAUCCAUACAGUCUCUAAUGGCAGUAUUGGCAGCAUAGGAAGUGACCUUUCCUUUAAUAUGAAUCCAAGCGCCGGAACUGAACCCUGCGGCCUUGACAACCCCGUGUUUGACAACGAUGACCCAAUGCCUCCGACUUACGACGAAGUCGCCCUGAACACCAAAUUGUGAGGAAUUUUUUUACUCAGGUGGCAUUUUACCACUAAGAGUCCUGAUACUGAAUGAAGUGGAUCUUAUUUCAUUCUGUUUACAGGUUCAGUAAUGGAGUAUUUACUGUAGACGGUGGUGAUAGAUUGGUGUUUUGAGCAAGGGCAAGGACAACGUAUAUUCAUAUACGUUAAAAUAGCCAGCAUAUGCAACCGACAGUGCCUAUCAAUAGGAAAAGAUCAAACAAUAUGUAUGGCAUUGUACACAGUGAACCCUUGCUAAACACUUUACUUUGAGGGUGAUUACUGGCUAAACAUAUGCAUUGAUUUUUAAUCAAUACGUUGUUUGAGAUUAUCGCAACGAGAGUCCACUUUAAUGAUAUACCCCAGUUGCCGUCUGUUUCAGCUGAUGAAACUUUUAUAUGGUUUUUUUUUAGUUCGCUUUUUUUAUAAAUAAAGUGGAUAUGAUUCUGAAUGGACAGAGGGGCGAAUAAAUCCCUACCUUCGUUGAAAGAAAUGUCGAGGAAAAAUACAAACUUGAAAUUAAAUUAAGACAAUAGAACAUAACUGACUGAACCAUAAAAAUGACAUUAAAACGUCAAGUAAUCGUGAUAGAAAGAAAGUAACAAAAUUAUUUCCUAUAGCUGUGAUGUGAUCUAAUUACCCAUUCCUUGAAUGCAAAAAAAAAUAAGACAUCGAGGCUUGAUAACACAUUUGACAGGGGCAGAUAAUGGCUUCUCCCUUCAAUGGAUGUCCCCCUCAGUCAUGUACAAUGUCUAAACGCCAAUACCAGCCCUUAUGAUCGCUAACACAAUGGAUGUGUCAGUCAAGGGAAAUGGAUCGGUGUCUUAAGACAUCAAUCUACUUUAGAGUCCCAGGCGGAGAGACAAAAGAUGACAUGGAAAUUCACCCAGGGGCAAUGUUUGUCACACGAUACAUUCAUCAUCCAAAGACUUUCCAGCAGGUAACCGUUCAAGUAUAAUAGGCUACGGCAAUGUUAAACUCAGGACUAAAAGUGCAGAAUUUAUGUGAUGUGAUUGUUAAGUGAAUAACUACUUUGAUUAGAAAUAUUUGGGAGAAUUUCUGUGAAUAGAUAUAACGAAAUAUCUAAAAUAUGAAUAUUGUUAAUAACAUUUUUAAGCAUUUCAAUUUUAAAUGUAAAUGAUGUGGUUUCUUUUUCUGGAGAGAUGUGAUCAUUACGCUAACUGAUCUUAAACUUCAUAGCUUGCACAACCAGUGUGAUAAUUGAAGAAAGGAGAUAUAUGACAUAUCUUUACCCCCUGUAAAGUACAUACAACCCUGCUCGUAAAUCCGAAAUUGAAAAAAGGACAUAUUUGGAACCUCAGAGGAUGUCAGAUUUAGGGUUUCUUAAAAAUUCAUCACUGUCAAUCCAUAUAAGGAAUGAAUGACGAGUUCACCAUAUGUACGUUCGCCAGUGCGAAUCCCAAAUAUUUGUAACUCAGUUGCAACGCCCUCAUUAAGUUAAUUUUGACGUUUGUGAGUUAUUAUCACAGAAACCAGUGAAACCAGAAACUAAUUGUUCUACAAGUGUGGAGAUUGUGACUGUAUCCUGUAUUUUUAAAAAACAGAGUGUUAAAAUGUCUAAACUAUCAGCCAAUUAAUUUAUGUGUGUGCCGAGAAAUCCGCGAUCGUAUAGGUUUCAGGUAGACACGAAACAUUGUUUUUCCAGUUACAGUAAACUACGGUUAUAACGAACUCAAAUGGACCACUAAUUUUAGUUCGUUAUAACCGUAGUUCUUUAUAAGCAUAUAUACAACAUCUAUACAGCAAAUGUCAAGGACCAAAAAUUAAGUUCGUAAUAUCCGUCAGUUCGUUAUAAGCGUGUUCGUUAUAAACGUAUUCUACUGUAAUUAGACUAUUGACUUUUGACUAUUAUCAUAUACUUUGUCGAUUUCAACCUAAUUAGACCAUGACAGUAAUUACAAACACUGUUGAUUUCUAUUUAGAGAGCAUCUAUUUGAUUCCUGUCCACAAGACAGAGCAUGAAUGUUAGAAUACCAUUGCCAGAACUGCUAAGAAUCCCCAAUCUGUAAUAGUCACAAACGGUUUGGAAUUAUACAAAAACUACACUUAACUAUUUACUGCUAACCAACGGGACAUUGUUAUUACUUUUUUUCUAAGCUGUCGAUUGACUAUGCUUCAGUGUGAAACAUAUUUGUUAACCAGUAAAACUAUGCCUUAAAUGAUGCCUAUACGUGAUAUCAGUAUUAAUACUAUGUGUUGUAAAACAGCAUGAUGUGUAGUAUGUGUUAGUAUGCAUGUAUUUGUAUCUAUGUGUAAAAUAUAUGUAUUUGAAUUAGUGUCUGUGUUUCACGUUUCCACUUUCCUUGUGUCUGUAAUUAAGUUUAAGCGUUUAACGAAACUCGGUUUAAAUGUGUUCUCUUAAAUAAAUAAUAGGUUGUUGUGAAGUCUGUAUGGUAAAUCUCUUUGGCAUUUCCUGAAUAAGUCGAAUUCCAAGCAAAUAAUUAUCACAUCAUAUAGCUUCUAAAUCAAUUAUUAAAAGGUCCAGAGAAAAUAUGACCCCAUUAACCAGCAAGUCUAUAGCAAGACUGGUUAGCCCAGUCAUCUAAAACGUUGGAAUUCACUGUGCAGAGUAAAGUCCCUUGGGUCACAAUCCUACGGUCGCAGGUUCGAAUUCAAGAUUCGCCUUAUUAAUGUUUCAUGGUUUGUCAGCACCAUACCGUUCUCGUAGGUUUCCCCAAAGUGGUAAACAUCCAAGACCUGCAUUACUUCAGGCUUUCCCCCCACGUUAAGCUGACACGUCCUGAAGUGGUGUCAAUCCCCACGCACUCUAUUAAUUUAUUUACGACCAAUCUUUCACACGAAACAUUUAUUUCCCAAAUAUGUCAGAAUAUGUCAUACCUAAUCACAGCACCUUCAUUCUACAUGACUCAUCUAUCUCAUCCCUCAUCUGACAGAAUAAUCCCCCUGAAUAUGAGGAGUAGCGGUUAGAAUACUAAGAAAAGGUAUAUUCUGAGAGUGUGAGGAAGGGGUGGGUUGAAAAACGAAAAAGAUUUUUUUUUUUUUGUAGGCG